AUGGCUUACCAAGGAGCACCGGAUGGUGGUGUGGCAGGAAAAUCACGCAUUUCACCGUGGUGGACUGGAUCACAGUGUAAAGAAGUUAACCUUCCUCAUGUAAUUGUCUAUUUUGUGUCUAUUUUUCAGUGCAGUUGGAAAUUUUUGGGGCGGCGGGUGGGGGUGGGGGGGACCUAAACGUGGCGAGAGGUUAUGCCACCCUCCCAUUAGUAAUAUCCAUGAUUACGAAUCUUACAGUGUCAAAGUUUCGAUGCUGCAGUAGGAAAUUGUAUCAUUUUUUCAAUUGCCGCCAUACUGGAUUGUUAUUGUAUUUGGUAGGUGACCAACUGUGACGCAAUCACGUUAUUGAGAUAUUUUGCAUUUUAAAAACCACAAAUUUUGUUUUGCAUAAGCAUGACUAAUUCAACAAAAAUCCGAGAUAUCUAAACAAUGUGACCCACGGUCAGGUUGGACUCCUUUGCACAAAGUAUGUUUUACGAUUGAGGGACGUGGAGGUAGGGGGAGGGAGUCAGUUGAUAUUAUGGAGGAUGGAGGAAGGAAAAAAUGUAAGAUUUUUAGAUGUUUGAAAAAGUAGAAGUUUGAAGUGAAUAAUUGAUAGUAAAAGACCGAUCCAUCAGGCCCUGCUCCCUAGGAAGCUUAUUCGCAGGCUAAACCCCUUAAAAUUGUGAAAAUAAUCAUUCAUUCAUGCACUAAAUUUUGCAUACAUGGCAAAUGUUUGUCUUCUGCCAUGUCGGUUGUAAAGCAUAAACGAACAGAAACUGAAACUAUGAAACAAAACAGACAAAACCGGCCUUAUACAUAUGAAGGUUAAACUCCUGGCGGCCAGGAACUUAACCACUAUAUGAAAAGGCAAUGCAUAAAUCGAAAAAAGUCAUUGACUACGAACAUGCAGAUCGUGUUUUAUUUUUUAUUCUGAGCUUUUUGUUUUGGAUAUGUUGUUAAGAAAUUAACAACAUUAAUUUGUCUCGAGAUACGGCUCACCUUUUUGAUUUGCAUUAACAAUUGCUUUACAGGGAAAGUUUGCUACUGCGCCAACAGUCCUGGUUACAGCAGAGCAUAUUAGUGCAGCCUUCAAGCACGAUGCCGCCAGUUUGUGGGUGGAGAACGCAACCAGUUCCUCCUUUUACAUUUGUCUUCGAGAACUACAGAAUUAUGAUGGUCUACAUGAGGAUAUCUUUGUGGUAUUUUGAUUGUUAUCAUUUUUCUGAUGGAUGCACAUUAAGAACCGUAGAGAUAAAAAGCACAUGUCAAAAAGUUUUGGCGAAACGUAUGUAAAAGGGAAAAUAAUAUAUAUAUAAAAAGAAACUUCACAUUGUAGCAAAUAGUGAUGAUGAACAUAUCUCAGGUGGUCUAAAAACAGUGAGUAUGUAUAUCAUAGCAUUUCAAGUUUCCAAUUCCAUGUUUAUAAAGCGACAGAUAAACGGUUCUUAAUAUAUAGAAUCGGAUCAUGUUAGUCAUACCUUGCUUGGUAUUUUUAAUCUGUCAGUAAUCAGCUCGCAAUUAAUAUUGAUCGAUUAAUCAAUCACAUAAUUCUUCCAAAUGGCUGUUUUUCGAGAGUAGACAUUUUACAAUUGUGAGCUUAGUAUCCUAGCCUUUGAGUGAACGUGAGGCUGAGUUUGACCCUGUUUUGAUACAAACAUAAGAACGACAUUAUUUACAUAACAAAACAGAAGGGGUUGAAUCAAAAUAAGGGGUGUUUACCAUUUGGGUAACCCAGUCGAUUCACAGUUUGGGUAAAUGGUAAGCAAAACUCAGAACUGGUAAAUUUCGUCUCGGAAAAGCGUUUACCAUUUAAACAAGUCAGCUCUAUUUUCCGAAAAACGGCCGCAAAGGCCUGAAACUUGUAUCAAAGAUGGCUUUGAAGAAAUGGCACACGAAUUUCCGUUUGGAGCAUUCCGUUCACAAGAACAAGACUUCCUUUUCAGACGUUCUGUUGCCCCCGAAAAUUUUCCGCUGGAACAACCUAUGGAGUCGUGAUCCAUUUACUUUCCAAGCCAAUUUUCCGGAAACGUUUUCGUAAAUGGUAAACAACUAAGGUCAACUCCAGCCUCGUUUCCACUAGUGUAACUGUAAAAUUGACUAUUUACGAGACGGCUUCUAACAUAAUGACUGGUUUUUGAAUUAAGAACAGCAUUUCCGUAUAAAAUGCUAGAUAUAUACCAUCGGACGAUUCCUUUGAAACUCAAUCACUCUCCACUGCUGAACAUUACUUUUUCAGAAUUGGAUGGUCUUUGAAACAAUCCACCGGCCCCUUUUUGCCGAGAGCAAACAAGUGCAUUUCCCAAACAACAACCCUGUUUCUGCGAACAACAAUGGUGCGUUUUGUAAGGUAGGAAACACAUGAAAGCGAAAACUAGCUCUGUGAUUAUUAAAGCUUGUGCAGUGAAAUGUUAGCUGGUAGUCAGCAACUCCCUUUCCUUGUUUCUUUUUGUUGUUGCUGCUGUUGUUUUCUUGCUGCAUCUGACUGUGAAACGCCUUAAGCAAUCUCGGCCAUGAUCCUUUGACAAGCUGUGUUCUGAAGAAAUUUUUCAGAUAUAGGAACCGGGUAAGGGAACGUUGUUUCACCUAAUUUCUUGUUAAAAGAGGUGUUUUCCACUCCCUUCACUGUCUUCACGGCAGCACUGCGCCAGAAAAACAUUGGAUAGGUUUCGACACCUACACCUUACGUAGUAUGAAUUAACAACAAAUGGUGUGCGUUGAAUUUAAUUUACUAUAUAUUAAUAGCCUAUAUUUUCUAUCCCAAGGUCGUGCAGUUUGCUAGAAAUUACGACAAAGAACCCAUACUAGUGAUAGCAGCCAGUCACAACUCAGAGGGCAACAACCUAAAACCAAUACACAUGUCUGUUGCUGCUUGGGUUGAGGUAAAGUACGACGGGAAUGUUGUAAAGUCAUAUGAUAAAAAGGUCAGAAGCAAAAGAAGACUUCUUUUUUAUGUCAAGGAGUGAAAAGAUCUAUGUGGAAGUUGAUUAGGCCCUGUUAAAACGCCACAUUGCACAUGUGCCGAGCCUACCGUAAAUUAGCUAGAACAAUAUAUCCUCCUCGUUGGCCACUUAAAUUUAACGCAAAAGAAAUGCGACGUUUAAACAGGGCCUAAAACAAUGUACACGGCAAUAUUUACAUAAAAGAUCACUCUGUUGAACUUGAAAGUUUAAAAUUAUUAAUUAAGUCUAAAACAUCUUGCCUUUUGGGCUAUUUUUUAUACACUUUUCUUAAGUUCUGAAGUCAAAAUUAAUUGACGCCUUUAAUCAAAUUCUAUUUUCAGACAUUCCUAUAGUACGGGCCUUAUCAGCCUGAUCAGGCGAAGUUCUCUAGUAUAUUUGACCUUUAUACACGUACUCACAUUAAGUUCUCACAUUGUUAUCUUUAUUACUAAAAUUGUUUGUAAGUAACACAAUUUUUCGAUAUGAUUGUCAAGAAUUGAAAAGCAAGGUUUGUGACAUCACACAAUUUCACAACCUCUUCUUUUUGAAUUUUUCGGCAGCCAUCUACUAAUAAAACAGACGGCUCAAAGAAGAGAAAACGUAUAUAUCAUCGAGAAAGUGUUUGUCAUGGAAACGUCAAUCACGAUUACAUGUAACAAUUGAAUGAUAUAGUAAUUGCUUCCAAUAAAUUUCAAGAAAGCUCUGAAAUUUGGCGGGUUUUUUGUUUAGGCGGUUCAAAAUUAAAAAUAAUCAAAGUUAGCGCGGACACUUCUGCCCUACCCCAGGCUAAUUACAGUUAACUAUCGAUUUGCUAUGGUGCUGAGAAAGAUUUUUGGGUUGGAAAGGAACUUUAGCUUGUUUUACAAAAGAAGAUUAUUUAUUUUACAGCACAUCAAUACAAGCGAAUUCCGCAUUUGUCUCAAAGAGUUGUACGCUGACCAGCAUGAUCCUGUGAACGUAUCAUACGCUGUACUUGCAGGUGGGUUUGGCGACAACCACCCCUCUCCCUCUAGCCCAUCCAACCCCCCCCCCCCCCCCCCCUUUGCAAUUACAAUAGCCAGGGACAUUUUAAGUAACAAAAAUUUAAUUAUAUACGGCCUGUUUACAAGCCGGUGUUUUGAUAGGGUCAUUAAGCGUUAAGGUUUUUAUACACUGUACUUCUGUCUAUUUUUCUUCCGUUUUUAAAAGUUCAACUAUGCUGCUAUUUUCCGAGACUGAUGGCUUAUAUAAUUUAUGCUUUCUAAUACAUACCCUUGUUUAUUGUUUUUUGGUUUGUUCCUGCAGAUAUAUGUAAACCCGGUUGGUCUUAUUUUGGUGGCAUUUGCUACUCAACCAGUCAAGCAUGCAAGAACUGGACUGAAGCCCAGAAAACAUGCCAGUCACACAGCGCUAAUCUCAUCAGUGUACGAAACCAAGAAGAGAACGUCUAUAUUCAACACAGGCUGAAUGGCGCUAAGGGCUGGAUUGGACUAAGCGAUAGAGACACGGAAGGAACUUUUGUCUGGGCAGAUAAUAAACUCAGCAACUUCACAUACUGGGCUAAGAACCAACCCAAUAACUUCAACAAUGAAGAUUGCGUUCACACUUUGGGAGUCAGACAUAGUUUUAUGUGGAAUGAUGUGAGCUGUGACACCUGCCAUAACUACACCUGUUCAGAAGGUACCUAGAACUGUUUGCACUUUCUUGUAUAACCCUUAUCACUAAAGGAUUCCCAAGAACGUCGGCUCCUUGUUAGCUGGUAAAAAGAGUCAUGGUACCGUAGAAUGGUACAGACAACAACAAAACAUUAUAUUGGUUAGUAAUAUAUAUCGUAUUUUACAUGCCAAGCGUGAAAAUUUUUACUUUAGACACUAUUUUUGUUUGAUUGUAUAAUACUGCAAUAAAACUGAAGAUAGCCUCCAUUUUGAAUGAAAACAAUCUAUGCAUUUCUGAAGUGAUUGAUUAAUUGAUUGCUUAAUCUGUCGAUCAGUUGAAUAAUUGGCUGUUCCUUUUAUUGUUUAAUGCCCCACACGUAUUGAUUGGUUAGUUGGUGGGUGCCGUUAUUUUUUGUAUCUGGGUUUUGUUUCUUCAAAGCAAUUG